UGACUUCUGCAAUUUUCCCCGGGUGGUUUGAGGCAGUUGUACCGAGGGAUAUGAACAUCAAGGUUGAUGCUACAAGCGGGGGAGGGACCAUCCGCCCGAAUCGAUCCUCCAAUAAUAAAUACCCUCUCGGCUAACUCAUUCACCGCUAAUAACAACCCUUCAACAUUACAGCAAUACUCGAUAAUCAGCAUGGCAGACAAGACGGUCGUUGCAUUUGAUCUCUAUGGCACUUUGUUGUCCACAGACUCCAUUGCCACACAGCUAGCGAACCAUUUCGGCGCUGCCAAGGCACAGGUCAUCUCCGCACUCUGGCGGAGAUACCAGCUGGAAUAUACAUGGAGACUCAACAGCAUGGAGCGUUACGAGGAUUUCUCCAACAUCACUCGGAAUGCAUUGCUUCAUGCACUGGCCGAGAACGGCGAGCAGUUGGGCGACAGCGAGAUCGCCAGCCUGAUGGAAGCCUACGAUGAUCUAUCUACGUUUCCCGACGUGAGUCCGGCUCUGGACCGAAUCGCAGCUGACCCGACCUUCCACGCCGUCGUAUUUUCCAAUGGCGCCAAAGCGAUGGUUUCAAACUCCGUUAUGCAAUCCAAAGAUCUUGCCCCGCACGCCGGUGUGUUCCAAGACCUGAUUACCGUCGACGAAGUCCAGCACUACAAGCCGUCGCGAGCGAGCUAUCGGCACCUUGCGGAGAAGGUGGGAAAGAAGCCAUCGCAGAUGAGCGAACUCUGGCUCGUCAGCGGCAAUCCGUUUGAUGUCGUUGGUGCGCGUAGCAUGGGGAUGAAUGCGAUCUGGGUUGAUCGAGCCGGCAGGGGGUGGCAGGACGCUGCCGUGCCAGAUCUACGACCGUCGGCCAUUGUACGGAGCCUAGAGCACAUUGUGGACAAGAUGAAGGGCCGCCGCAACUGACGAGCGAAAUGUCCAAUCCUGUCAGGAGAAAUCACUCAGCCAAGGGAGGAGAAGGAAUGUACAGCUGAAGAAAUAUUUCCAAACGCUCCACGUAAGAAGAAGAAUUUGGGGUAAGCCAGCAAUAGAUUAUUCUAUCCUCCCAUUUCCCCUCGAAGAACCCAUUGCGAGGUGGAUUCC